CGCAGUAUUGAUGGUCUUGAAUGUACACUUCCUACCCCAGUUCCCGGGAAAAUCUGCAACUAAAAUGCGCUAGGCGCGAGAUUAUACAAAGUGAAGGUUAGGCUAUAUGACUUUUGUGGUUUCGUUUUCUGCUUUGUUUGCAAACUAUUGUAACGUUAAUUUAAAGUGAUUUGUUACAGUGAACAUUUAGUUUUGAUCAAAGAAAUGGACUGCAUGUGACACAAGACCGUGGCAGUUGGGUUUGGGAGGUUACUGGACCCUCUGAAGCUGAUGUGAUGAUGGAAAUGUCCUGUUGGCCGAGCGGCAUGCAGAGUGAAGAUGGCGAGGAGAUGCUGUGUGUUGACACAGACUCUGAUUUGGCAGAACAGCGAGAGAGUUGUAAAGUGAAGGUGAAGUGGACAAAUGAGGAGGAUGAGAAUCUGAAGAUCCUGGUGCACAACUUUGGAAAUACUAACUGGAAAACAAUUGCCAGCUUCCUACCAGGACGCACAGAGUAUCAGUGUAUGCACCGCUAUAUGAAGGCACUAGAUCCUGAUUUAAUCAAGGGGACUUGGACCAAGGAGGAGGAUGAUAAGGUUAUUGAGCUGGUGGGUAAGUACGGGACCAAGCAGUGGGCAAUGGUGGCCAGGCACCUGAAGGGUCGCCUGGGGAAGCAGUGCAGGGAGCGUUGGCACAAUCACCUCAACCCAGAUGUUAAGAAGUCUUCGUGGACCCCAGAGGAGGACCUGAUCAUCUACAAAGCCCACUGUGUCCUCGGGAAUCGUUGGGCAGAGAUUGCCAAGCUUCUACCUGGAAGGACAGACAAUGCUGUCAAAAACCACUGGAACUCAACCAUCAAACGUAAAGCAGAGCUAGGAGCAUAUACUAUGGACGAAGAUGGGAGCCCAAUACUACCCACUGCUCUGGAGCAGGGCGAGGUAGAUUUCCGUUUUGAUGUUGUUUUAGACUCUGAGCCUGAACCCCCAGAGGUGAUGAGGCAAUACAGUGAAGCUAUGGCUCCCUCAUCAAAAAUGAGACCAGCCAAGUCAAAAACAGUGGUGUCCCCACCUGUUUCAUCCAAGAGAGACUCCAACAGCCCCUGUUCAGGCACCACCGUAACUUCGCCCCACCAGUCCCGCCAGAAGAACUUAACAGAGGCUGUGCUGCGAAUGAUAGCAGAGGACAUGCUUCCCCUCAGCUUCGUGGAGGGCUCGGGUUUCAGGAGCUUCAUGUCUGUGAUCGGCCCCCAGUACCCGAGGCUGUCCCAGCGCACCGUGGGCCUACGGCUGUACGAUGAUGUGGAGAAGGCCAUCAAGCCCCACCUGAUUCGCGACCUCAAGUCCUGCUUAGCGGCCAGUGACGCCGUGGUCCAUGCCACCCUGGACCUCUGGGCCAGCACCUACUCCGACCCAAUUGUUGCAGUGCAGCUGCACUUCCUGGACGAAGACUGGCACAUCCAACGGCCCACCGUGGCCUUCCGCCAUAUCGGCCUUAAAAACAUGAACAUUGCUGUGGCCCGGGAGCUGGAGGCAAUUCUGCUAAGCUACGGCAUGUUCCCCAGCAACCUAGGUUACCUCAUCACCAACGAGGCCAAGCACACCAUAGCUGCAUGCGACCUCUUCUGCGAUUACAGGAUCAUGUGCUCAUCCCAACGGGGCGACCCGGAUGAGGAGGAGAUGCUAGCCUUUCUAGGCGACCAGGUGCCUAAGGAGGACUUUGCGGAGAUCCAGUUUGGCACACGAGCGAGCUGUGUGGCCAAAACUUUGCAAUUGGUGAUCAAGGAGGCUCUGAAGAACUCUCGUGUGGUGGAGAACCUGCUGUCACAAGUGCACAAUGUGGUUGCUUUCUUCCGCCGCAGUGCCUACUGGAACGAGGUUCUGCAGAAGGAGUGUGGCCUGUCCCUGGCCCCCUCAGCUGGGAGCUGCCGCUGGAAUUCCACUUUCGAGUCGAUGCGGCGGAUGGUGCAGGAGGUGGUGUGGGGCUCAGUCAUCACCCUGCUUGCCCAGGCCCGCAUUGAGGCUAAAGACUCAUCUAGCUCCCCGCCCAUGGUAAGGGCCAAGCGGGAGCAGGUGGAGGAUAUCAUCGGUCUGCUGGAGCCUUUUGAGGAGGCCAUUCAGGUACUGCAGAGUGACGCAGUCACCUUCUCCCUGAUCAUCCCCUCUCUCAUUGGCCUGGACAAGACUCUGGAGACCCGUUCCACUAACUACAGCCACUUCUCCAAGGGUCUGCGGUCUGGCCUGCACACACACUUCCAGCCCCUCAUCCUGCAGAGGGACUUGAUCCUGGCUACAGUGCUGGACCCCCGCAUUAAGCUCCAACCCUUUGAUGACGCCAAGAACGAGACGGACAACACCUACCUGGCCGCCCUCUCCAAAUUUCAGGUCAGAGCACUAAUGGAGACAUCGCUCAGCGAUUCCUGGAGCCCAGCGCAUGUGAAACAGGAAGAGAGUGAGGAGAGCCAGGAAGACUCUGAGGCCUCCAGCUCUAAUAGUGGCAGUGGCAACCUCAAGCGCAAGUCUAUCUUCAGUUUCCUCCAGCCUCCAGCGAAGACGUCCAAACUUUCUGAGCUUGACCAGUACUUGUCAGAGCCUGUGUUGGAUGGGGAUGGGUCAACCCUUAUUUUCUGGAGAGACGCGUCACGGUUUCCCCAGCUCCAGAGGGCCGCCAGGCAGCUUCUGGCUGUACCAGCCACAUCAGGGGGCUUUGACCGACUCUUCCCCAUGGCAUCUUGCAUCGUCAGGGCGAAGAGGAGCAGACUACCCCCUCACACCACCGAAAGGCUGCUGCUCUACAGGGAGUCCCUGAGGGGGAAAGACGGGUGGAGGUCCAAUUCCAAUGUCUCCUCUAAACAGUGAAAGAAAUGCUGAAUCCAGUGCCUCUUACUGCUGUUUUAAUGUCAGUCCUGUGUGUGCAGGGUUUCUUACCGUAAUCUCUUACGAUUUUCAUCAAGUUGACAGAAUUGGACAAAAACCUGCUCAACAAGGGUUGAGCCUUGAUGGCUAAAUGUCAUGUCAAGAAAUGUGACGCAAAGUAAAUAUACCUCUUUAAUAAUGCUAUUUUUUCAAAUUAUGAUGGUAAUGUUGGACAUUUCUGGGAUGUAAAUGUUUGGUUUUGGUACAUUAUGUAAUGGACAUUAGAGGGAGAUGGGGAAACUUCUUUGAGUGUGUCCUGAAAACAUUCUUCACUUGUUUGUCUGGGUUUUCAAACUGCAAACAGAUUUAGAAAUUAAAUUUUCUAUUAAUUUUUCAUUACUUACAGAAGUUACUGCUUACCAUCUUCUCUAAGGAUCAAGUAGCAUAUAGGAAAUCUGUGUUAUCAAGUGUCAUUUGAGUUCAUAUUGAAAGGGGAGUGGAUUUUCUGGUUUAUUUUUUCUUCAAACAAAUUUUAAUCAAUGGACAUUGUUUGCAUACUACUGUAAACUUGUCUCAUUGCAUGAUGGUGAACAUAAUUUCACCAAUAGAAAGAUGUGCUUUUCUCUACCUCUUCAUAACUUUGUCAAAGAUUUUUAUGACUUAACCAAGACUGUGCUCAAGCUGUUAUUUUCAUUGAGAAGCUAUACCAGAAAGGGUAGAACCUAGGAGGAGUUGGGCAAAGCAGGCACCAGUUAGCGAGAUCGUAUUAGCGCAUUCCAGCCAUUUGUUGGGAAACUUUUGCUCUGAAGUGCAUGUUUGCAACAAAUCAAUUCACUAUGCACUUCCAAAUGCAUCUUUCUAAACUUCAGCAGCAAGUAAAAAUAAAUUUUACUGUGAUAACAUUCUUCUUUUGGGAACAAAAAAUAGACUGAGCUGAGAUGUUUAAUUAAUGAGACAAUUGUCAGUGUAUUUGGCCUGUUUCCAUCCAACAAUUUGACUGCCCUGGCUCUGGUUAUCUUUUCCCUGUGGGCUGUGGAAAUAACAACCUGAGGCUUCAGAUUUGGUAGGCUGUCAAGCUCUCUGUCCCCCUGUGUCUUAGUUCAACUUCAACAGGUUGCAGUUGCUUUUCAUGGUGAACUCUUACUUGGGGACAAAUCUCAAGUCAUGUUGGAUUAGGACUUUGAUAAACUGCUUUUUAUGUUGAAUAAAUGUUAAUUUAUUGGUA